AUGCCAACUACUCAAAAUUAUGAUGCUGAAACAUUGGCCGACUUGAUAAUUAAGGAAUUAACCAAUCUUUGCAUUGACCCAAAGCAUAUGUUGUCACAAUGCUUUGAUGAUGCUUCUGUGAUGUCUAGCAAAAUAGAUGGCAUUCAAAGAAAGAUUCAGAAUCGACUUGAGAAAUAUAUUCCUUAUGUUCAUUGUCUUAAUCAUCAGUUGCAUCUUGUUAUAGUUAACACAAUAAAGCGGAUUCCGGAGUUAGCUACAUUCUUCGACACUGUUAAUAUUCUUCAUAAUUUUAUUAAACGGCCAAAGAUAGCUAGUCUCUGCAAAGGAUUGAAGUUGCCAUGUCCUAUGGAGCAUAUGUGGUCGGGUCAUUUCACUACCAAUGUUUCUGUAAUAGAAGAUCACUCCAAAAUUCUUGGUUUGCUAACUGAAUGCACAGAUCCGUCAGAAUCAAAAAUGUGUGUAGAGGAAACUGGAAUUUUACAUCAAGUUCAUUCCCCAAGGUUUGUUUUUCUAGCCCUUGUUCUUAGCAAAUUUCUACUUAUAAUUAGACCAGUAGACAAACAGCUACAGAGUCACAAAUGUGAUAUAUACCAUGGCCUUGGGCUUCUUAAGAUUGCCAAGAGUGAAAUAACCAAACUGAGAAACAAAUGA